GGGUAUCAUAACCAAAACUUGAAACAAAUAAAACUACCACUUCAAUCAUCAAAGUGUCGGUGACACAUUUAACUGUUUUCUUCUUCUUCUUCUUGUCAACUAUCUACGGCGGCACGUUAAGUUUUGUCUUCAAUCAGAAUGAAGCACCACCGUGUCUCCGUCUUGUUUCUUUUAAGCUUAUGCUUCAUACUUGCUCGGGGGCAGUCUAAGCACAGUGUACACUUCGACCCACAUUGGCACCCGGGAACCGCCACCUGGUACGGCGAGGCUGAAGGAGACGGUAGCAGAGGAGGGGCUUGUGGGUACGGAAGUUUGGUGGAUGUGAAGCCGUUAAGGGCAAGAGUAGGGGCAGUGGGGCCAGUGUUGUAUAAGAAGGGAGAAGGGUGUGGAGAGUGUUAUAAGGUCAAGUGUUUAGACCAUACUAUAUGCUCAAAACGGGCAGUGACGGUUAUAAUAACUGAUGAAUGCCCUGGCUGCCCUUCUGACCGAACACAUUUUGACCUUAGUGGUGCUGCUUUUGGCCACAUGGCUGUUCAUGGUGAGAAUGGUCAACUCAGAAAUAGAGGUGAAAUCCAAGUUCUUUAUAGAAGAACAACAUGUGUAUAUGCUGGCAAAAAUAUUGCCUUUCAAGUUAAUGAAGGCUCCACACCAUUUUGGUUGUCACUUCUAGUGGAGUUUGAAGAUGGAGAUGGUGACAUAAGCUCCAUGCAUAUACAAGAAGCUGGAUCUAGUGAGUGGCUACAAAUGAAUCAUCUAUGGGGUGCAAAUUGGAACAUUGUUACAGGACCUUUGAGAGGACCUUUCUCUGUGAAAUUAAGCACGUCAACGGGAAAAAGCCUCACUGCUAAAGAUGUCAUUCCAAGUCAUUGGUCUCCAAAAUCCACUUAUACCUCUCGCCUAAAUUUCUCUCCUUGAACUAAUUAAGCUUACUCCCAAAGGGAGUUGGUAAAUAAUAUUAUAAGCACCUUUUACCAAGAUAAAAUAAAGUUAUUUAAGUUUCAUAAGGUUACAAAUCCAAGUCUUCAAUAUGUUGGUAGGGAUUUAGGACUCACACAAUAAGUGCGCAAUACAACUAUCAAUCUUGAUCGUCAGAUUUCAAAUUAAUAAGAUCGUUUAGAGAUAAUUUAAUUAUGCGUGAUAUAAUUUUGGGGUACAAAGGAGUAAGGAUCCAUUAGUUUAAAUGAAAGACUGAAUUAUUAA